AUGGGGGUCCAACACUGCUGUUUGCUGCUUUUGCUUGUCGGCUGCCAUGAAUGGAUUACAGGUGCUGUGGGUAGCAUGAGUCCUUACAUAAAGUAUUACGAGGGCUUGUCUUACGACAGGGAAGAUCUUCAUAGGAAGCACUUGAGAGCCAAGAGAGCCACACAGUCUCAGGACUAUACACUGCAUUUGAAUUUUACUGCUUUUCACAGGAUUUUCCACCUGCUUUUGAGGCAAAACAGUGCAGUAUUUUCUAAAGACUUUACAUUGGUCAGUGAAAAUGAUUCGACGUAUGUUGAUCUUUCCCACAUCUACUCAGGAAUAUUAGAAGGUGAACCUGCCUCCGCCUGCCAUGGCUCUGUGUUACAGGGACAGUUUGAGGGAACUAUCCAUACAGAAAAUGGGACUUAUCACAUAGAGCCAUCUGACAGAUACACCAGCAGUCCAACAGACCACCACUCGAUAAUCUACCGUGAGGACGACAUGGCUCUGUCAUACAUGACGUCUGCCCCCGAUGGAUUCUGUGCUGCAAAAACUCUAAACGUCCUCGCCCAAAACCUCAGAUCCAGUCAGGCACCAGUGAGCCGGGCGAGGAGAACUCUGGAUGAGUCAAAGACCACCUGCCUCCUCCACGUUCGUGCAGACUACCUCUACUACAAAAGAUUCAAGUCUGUCGAAGCGGUUGUGGCUCAGGUUGCCUCGUACAUCCGGGCCGUGAAUGACAUCUACGACAAGGUGGACUUCAGUGGAAUCCAGUUGAUCAACUUUAAAGUCAAGUCCCUCAGAGUGAUGACAGAAGAGGAUAAAAAUGACCCGCUGUCUCCUCUGUACAUCGGCCCCGAGAAGCUGCUAAGUCUGUACUCGGAGAACAACUGGGGCAACUUCUGCCUGUCCUACCUGCUCACUGACAGAGACUACAGUGGAGUGCUGGGGCUUGCCUGGGAAGGCAAAGCCGGAAACUGGGGAGGAGUGUGUUCAAAGCCUGCGGCCCUCAAAAACGGUGUUACCUGCACCCUGAACACAGGUCUGGUCACAAUUCAGAACUACGGACAGUUUCUGCCUCCUCGACAAGUCCAGCUGACUUUGGCACACGAGCUCGGCCACAGCCUUGGAUCUCCGCACGAUGAGGACGCUAACUGUGGGAACCUCGGCUCCGAUGUCGGUAAAGGCAGGCACCUGAUGUUUCCUUACGCCACAGACGGGGCGCAUGAAAACAAUGAUAAAUUCUCACCCUGCAGCAUCAAACACAUUAGCAACAUCCUGAAGCUGAAGAAAGAUGACUGCUUCAUGGUCAGUGAUCAGCCCAUCUGUGGAAACCAGAUCAUAGAGGAAGGUGAGGAGUGUGAUGUCGGUAACAAAGAUACAGAUCUCUGCUGCUACAGUGCUAAAGAGCCUGUAGGAAUCCAGUGUCGCCUCAAGCCUGGUAAAGUCUGCAGUCCAAGUCAGGGCCUGUGUUGUGAUCAGAAGUGCGAGUUUAAGCCAGAGGGUCAGAGGUGCAACGAGGAGACAGACUGCCAGAAAGUGAGCGUGUGCUCAGGACUCUCCCCGCUCUGCCCCAAGCCAGCUGCCAAGGAAAACCUCACUGUGUGCAGUCAGGCCACGCGUGUCUGCCUGAAUGGGGUCUGCACUGGGUCGGUUUGUGUGAAGCACCACCUGGAGAAGUGCGACUGUCCAGGAGACUCCAUGAGGGAGAAAUGCCACAUGUGCUGCCAGAAGCCCGAUCAGCCUGAGACUUGUGCGAGCACCACAUCGUCUGUUCUGUCCGAUCACUUCCAGAAAAAAGUGUUGCCCCUGGUGGGUGGUGCGCCGUGCUCUGGAAACCGUGGAUACUGCGACAAAUUUCACGUAUGCCGUAUCCUCGAUGCAGACGGCCCCAUCGCGAGACUGAAGAACUCCUUUCUUCAUUUGGAUGACUUCGACGACAUGGGAGAGUGGAUGAAGGCUCACUGGUGGGCCAUCCUGCUGGCUAUCCUGACGCUGUCUGGAGUGAUGGGCUGCACCGUCUGCCUCUGCAGCAUUAAACUGGACACACGUAACUUAGAGUGA